CCCAACUUAAAAAUGGAGCCCCAUUCCUGUAACCGUUUUCAACAACCUUUUCCUCUAGUUAUUCAUCUUGCCUCUAAAGUCUAAAACAAAACAGAGGACGAUUAAGAUUGCGUUUCAGGUCCAAAGCUUUCUAACCAGUAUUAGUUUGUGAAACCUAGACGUAUUGUAGAUGGGAGAUACUGAGGUUACAAUGAAGUCUAAGAAGACGGUUUUUGUAACUGUUGGAACUACUAGUUUUGAUGCUCUAGUGAAAGCGGUGGACACACGAGAGGUUAAAGAAGAGCUGUCAAGAAGAGGGUACACCGAGAUUCUCAUUCAAAUGGGCCGUGGCUCCUAUAUUCCCUCAAAGUCUGACGGAGGUGAUGACUCCAUUGCGGUAGAUUACUUCACUUUUUCAUCAAGCAUUGCAGACUAUCUGAGAGCAGCAUCUCUCGUCAUUAGCCAUGCAGGGUCAGGGAGCAUAUUUGAGACAUUGCGGCUUGGGAAGCCUUUAAUUGUGGUGGUUAAUGAAGAUUUGAUGGACAACCAUCAAAGUGAGUUGGCAGAAGAACUAGCAGACAGGAAGCAUCUGUACUAUGCUCGCCCAAAGACACUUCAACACAUUAUAGCAGAUAUGAAAGUGGAGUCCCUCAUUCCAUACCAUCCAGGUGAUGCCACACCAGUCGCCAAGCUUAUCAAUAGGUUUCUUGGUUUUUCAGAGGAUUGAUAGAAGUGUAUGAUUUUGUUACUUGAACCGAAUAUAUCCAUAAGAUAUUAACUUUGCAUAA